GAAUUGACCGUCGCGGAGGCGGGAUGGUGCAUUGAGAAUCGACAAGCCGUGCCGAUGCGUUCGUUCCGGCACGCCCGAGUUGCACCAUGCCAAGCCCGCAGUGACAAAAUCUUUUCUGCACUGUAUUCCUCUGAUAACCUCGCCUAGCUUAGGAGUUUAGGGGCCCCCGUUGGCCGUUCUGAUUGUCGCGCGACACAAUGCUCCGCAACGCUGCUAGGCGGCUCAUGGCCGUGGGCCAGCGCGGUAUUAGCACGUCUGCGAUGACCAUGGAGGAGGUGGCUGUGCCGGCCGGCCCUAAGGAGUUCACCGAGGCCUGGAACAAGAAGGCGCCCUCGCAGCUGCUUGUGCCCGAGCUGCCCUCGAACUUCACGAACGUCAGCGCGGACAACCAGACUCAGGGAGAUCUGUUUCCCGUGAACUUCUACACUCCCAGCAGCGUGCUGGCGGAUGGCGUGAAGAAGGACGGGGUCACGCUGCCGGGCAUUGAUGGCUACUUCGGUGUGAAGGCCAACCACGUUCCCGUCAUCGCUCAGCUGCGUCCUGGCAUCGUGGAGCUCUCUAGCGGCGCGGACACGGAGAAGUUCUUCAUCGCGGGUGGCUUUGCCUUCGUGCACCCGAAUGGUGUCGCGGACAUUUGCGCGCUGGAGGCUGGCACGCUAGACCAGUUCGACCCUGCUGCCGUUAAGUCGGCGCUGGCUGCCGCCAACUCGGCGCAGGGCCAGGGCGACGAGUACGACCAGGCCGCGAACCGCGCGGCGCUGGAGCUCUACGCCGCCCUGGACUCGGCGCUGGACCAGAAGUCGUAAGCAGCCGGCUAGGCAGCUGAGCCGCCAGGCUGCUGAAGCAUGAGCAGCGGCAGCAGUAGCAGCAGCCAGGGGAGCUGGAGCCGGUGGCAGCAGCAGCGGACGGAGGCGGGCGCUACUAGCGCCUGGAAGGGGCGGGAUGUUGCGCUGGGGGCGGGGUGCGGCUGCCGGUGCCGCGGCUCCGUGCGGAGGCCCAGGGGCGUGACCGCAGCACCCGCGGAGGCGGUUUGCAUGGAGGCUUAUGAGUGGCUUAGACGACUAAUGGCGCCACAUCUUGUGUGUAUUAGCGUAGGAAUGGGCAGUCCGGAGGUGGCAGACCAGCUCGCUCGCGCCGAGGGCGCUGUUGCAGCGGUGCAGUGCAGCUGAGUGGCGGUGGGCCAGGAUGCGGAUCGAGGACAAGCUUGUGCUCGCUGCUCGGAGCUGGAGGUAGGAGGUAGCUUAUCGGACUCGCGCGUGUCUUUAGACAGGUUACAAGAGUUGUGUGGGGGCGACGGCGUGCGGGUCGGUGUGCGUCCAGGCAAGUCCGCAGUGCCCGGACGCACGACCACAGGACUGCACAAGUUUAUGACGUGUAGAUCAAAUUGCUGCUUAUGUUAGAGGGCCCGGGCAACUGCUGUUGGCUUGUGCCAAGUGCGCCUGGUGGGGGCGCUGCUGAGGGGCACAGGCGCUGUGUGCUGUGUCAUGGGACAGGCGUGUCACGUGCGGCAUCGAGUGAUCCGCCUAGUGUGUGGCGGCAGCAGCAGCAGGCAGCGGGCGUGUGUAAAAGCAGAAAGAC